UAUCACACCACCGUGUUGUUGUCAAAAAGGCUGAAACUACAGAGCCCUCAGCAGUAUGUUGCUAUAUAGCAUAUUAUUCAACAGCGGAGGGGAGACAUGCUUCACUUAGAAGGGAAUUCAUUCAGUAGAUAUUUAACGUCAUGAUAAACGCAUCAGAAUUGCUUGCAGACUCUUUUCGCACGUGCUUGCAGUCUGCCAGUGUCGCCUACCCAUGGCAAAGAAGGAUUCGGUGGAGACAAAGCUGCCAGCUGUGACUGCACUGCACUCUCGCUUCAUCGUGGGCUCUGUGUCAGAGGAGAACUCCGAGGAUGAAACCACUGGAAAGCUAGACCUGCAGAUGGAGGACAAUCAGUGUUCCCUUUCUCCCUCCUCUGUCAGCUCAGACAGCACUUAUGAGAUGGGCUUUGAAAGUCUGGAUGGCCCCUUACACAACAUAAGGCCUAGCAUGUCAGGACUUCACCUUGUGAAGCAGGGCAGAGACCGAAGACGCAUCGACCUGCAGAGAGACUUUACCGUGGCUUCCCCUGCAGAGUUUGUCACCCACUUUGGUGGCAACAAAGUCAUUGAGAAGGUCCUCAUUGCCAACAAUGGCAUCGCUGCAGUCAAGUGCAUGCGCUCCAUCCGUCGCUGGGCUUAUGAAAUGUUUCUGAAUGAACGGGCCUUUCGUUUUGUUGUCAUGGUCACCCCUGAGGACCUCAAAGCCAAUGCAGGACUGACUGUAGAGUGGACAGAGAAUGACCAGAAGAAAGGCAUUAUCAAUGUCCCUCCUGAUCUGUUUGAGCAGGCCUGUAUACAUGAUGUAGAGGCUGGACUGAAGGCAGCUGAGCGAGUGGGCUACCCUGUGAUGGUGAAGGCAUCUGAGGGCGGUGGAGGAAAAGGUAUCCGAAAGGUCAACAGUGCAGAAGACCUCCCCAAUCUGUUCAGACAGGUUCAAGCAGAGGUUCCAGGUUCCCCCAUAUUUGUCAUGUGAUUGGCCAAACAUGCACGUCACCUGGAGGUGCAGAUCUUGGCAGAUCAGUACGGUAAUGCCAUUUCUCUGUUUGGCCGUGACUGCUCCGUCCAGCGCAGACACCAGAAAAUCAUCGAGGAAGCUCCUGCUACUAUCGCUACCUCAGAUGUGUUUGAAAAUAUGGAGAAGUGUGCAGUGAAGCUGGCAAAGAUGGUUGGCUAUGUGAGUGCAGGAACAGUAGAGUGUCUGUACAGUCAGGAUGGUAGCUUUCACUUCCUGGAGCUCAACCCUCGUCUUCAAGUGGAACAUCCUUGCACUGAGAUGGUGGCUGAUGUCAACCUGCCUGCCACCCAUCUGCAGAUUGCUAUGGGCAUCCCACUUCACCGGAUUAAAGACAUCAGAGUGAUGUAUGGGUUGCAGCCAUGGGGAGACUCACCCAUUGACUUCGAUGGACUCUCUAACACCCCCUCUCCAUGAGGACAUGUCAUUGCUGCUCUAAUUACCAGCGAGAAUCCAGAUGAGGGGUUUAAGCCCAGCUCAGGUACUGUCCAGGAGCUGAAUUUCCGCAGUAAUAAGAACGUGUGGGGUUACUUCAGUGUGGCGGCAGCUGGAGGCCUGCAUGAGUUCGCUGACUCUCAGUUCGGCCACUGCUCCUCCUGGGGAGAGAACCGAGAGGAGGCCAUCUCGAACAUGGUAGUGGCUUUGAAGGAACUGUCCAUCAGAGGAGACUUCAGGACUACAGUGGAGUAUCUGACAAAGCUGCUUGAGACGGAAGGCUUCCAGCACAACAGCAUCGACACAGGCUGGCUGGAUAGACUGAUCUCAGAAAAGAUGCAGGCCGAGCGUCCUGACACUAUGCUGGGAGUAGUGAGUGGAGCUCUGCACGUGUCCGAUGUCAGCCUAAGGAACAGUGUGUCCAACUUUCUGCACUCACUGGAGAGAGGUCAGGUUUUACCUGCACACACCUUGUUGAACACUGUGGAUGUGGAGCUGAUCUGUGAGGGGACCAAAUAUGUUCUGAAGGUGACGAGACAGUCACCUAACUCUUAUGUGGUCAUCAUGAAUUACUCUUCCGCUGAGGUGGAUGUUCAUCGGCUGAGUGACGGAGGUCUGCUGCUGUCAUACGACGGCAGCAGCUACACCACCUAUAUGAAGGAGGAGGUGGACAGGUAUCGCAUCAUUAUCGGUAACAAGACGUGUGUAUUUGAGAAGGAGAAUGACCCGUCACUGCUGCGCUCACCGUCUGCUGGGAAACUCAUCCAGUACACUGUGGAGGACGGGGGGCACGUGUUUGCUGGGCAGUGUUAUGCUGAGAUAGAGGUGAUGAAGAUGGUGAUGACUCUGAUGGCCUCAGAGUCUGGAUGUAUUCACUAUGUGAAAAGAGCAGGUGCAGUGCUGGAGCCGGGCUGUGUCAUCGGCAAAUUACAACUGGAUGACCCCAGCAGAGUACAGCAGGCGGAGUUGUUUACAGGCACAUUGCCCAGUGUUCAGUCUGUGGCUCUGAGGGGAGAGAAGCUUCACAGGGUCUUUCACAGCACUCUGGAACACCUGGUACACAUUAUGAACGGCUACUGUCUGCCAGAACCCUUUUUCAGUGCCAAGCUGAAAGAAUGGGUGGAGCGUGUGAUGAAGACUCUCAGAGACCCCUCUCUGCCCUUUCUGGAGCUUCAGGACAUCAUGACUAGUGUUUCAGGCCGUAUUCCUCCUGCAGUUGAGAAAGCAAUCAAGAAAGAAAUGGCCCAGUAUGCUAGCAACAUCACCUCUGUGCUCUGCCAGUUUCCCAGCCAGCAGAUUGCCAAUAUCCUGGACAGUCAUGCGGCCACACUGAACAGGAAGUCUGAGAGAGAGGUCUUCUUUUUGAAUACACAGAGUAUUGUGCAACUGGUUCAGAAAUACCGCAGUGGCAUCAGGGGGCAUAUGAAGUGAAGUGACCAUGAAGUGGUGAUGGACCUCCUCAGGCAAUACUUACAAGUGGAAGUUCAGUUUCAGCAUGGACACUAUGAAAAGUGUGUGUUUGCACUACGAGAAGAAAACAAAGGGGACAUGGCCAAUGUGCUCAACUACAUUUUCUCUCACGCAAAAGUCACAAAGAAGAACUCUCUGGUCACCAUUCUCAUUGAUCAGCUGUGUGGGCGGGACCCUACUCUGACGGAUGAGCUCAUGGCCAUCCUCACAGAGCUCACCCAGCUCAGCAAGACCACCAAUGCCAAGGUGGCACUGCGGGCACGUCAGGUUCUCAUUGCCUCUCAUCUUCCUUCGUAUGAGCUGCGACACAAUCAGGUGGAAUCCAUCUUCCUGUCUGCCAUCGAUAUGUAUGGACAUCAGUUCUGCAUUGAGAACCUGCAGAAACUGAUCCUGUCCGAGACAUCCAUCUUUGAUGUGCUGCCAAAUUUCUUUUACCACAGUAAUCAGGUGGUGAGGAUGGCUGCUCUAGAGGUGUAUGUAUGUAGAGCCUACAUUGCUUAUGAACUCAACAGUGUCCAGCACCGUCAACUAAAGGACAACACCUGCAUCGUGGAGUUCCAGUUCAUGCUACCCACCUCACACCCCAACAGAGGGAACAUCCCCACUCUAAACAGGAUGUCCUUUUCCUCUAAUCUGAACCAUUAUGGCAUGGUCCAUGUGGCCAGCGUCGGUGAUGUGCUGUUGGACACCUCCUUCACCCCGCCCUGUCAGCGCAUGGGUGCCAUGGUUUCUUUCCGCUCUUUCCAGGAGUUCACCAGGAACAUUAUGGGUGUGUUGAGCUGUUUCUCAGACUCUCCCCCCUCUACUCCAACCUUUCCUGAGGGGGGCAACCCUGUCCUGUACAGAGAAGAGGACAAGAACACGCAAGACGAGCCAAUUCACAUCUUGAUCGUGGCCAUGAAAACUGACAGCGACAUUGAUGACGAUGGGCUAGCAGCCAUGUUUCACGAGUUUACCCAGUCCAAGAAAUCUCUGCUAUUUGAGCACGGUAUCCGAAGACUGACUUUCUUGGUCGCUCAGAAGGAUUUCAGGAAGUAGGUCAACUGUGAGGUGGACCAGAGGUUCCAUAGAGAAUUCCCCAAAUUUUUCACCUUCCGGGCUCGAGACAAGUUUAAGGAGGACCGGAUCUACAGGCACUUGGAGCCUGCAUUAGCUUUCCAACUGGAGCUCAACCGCAUGCGCAACUUUGCACUGACAGCAAUCCCCUGCGCCAACCACAAGAUGCACCUGUAUCUGGGCGCUGCCCGCGUGGAGGUGGGUGCCGAGGUCACAGACUACCGCUUCUUUGUGCGGGCCAUCAUACGGCACUCAGACUUAGUCUCCAAGGAGGCGUCAUUUGAGUACCUGCAUAACGAGGCGGAGCGCUUGCUGCUGGAGGCCAUGGAUGAGCUGGAGGUGGCGUUUAACAACACCACAGUGCGCACAGACUGCAAUCACAUCUUCCUCAACUUCGUCCCAACCGUCAUCAUGGGCCCUUCUAAGAUCGAGGAAUUGGUUCGUUCCAUGGUCAUGCGUUACGGCAGUCGCCUGUGGAAGCUCCGUGUGCUUCAAGCCGAGCUGAAGAUCAACAUCCGUCUGACGCCCACCGGCAAACAGAUCCCCAUCCGCCUCUUCCUGACCAAUGAGAGCGGCUACUACCUGGACAUCAGCCUGUACAAGGAGGUCACAGACUCCCGUACAGGACAGAUCAUGUUUCAGGCAUAUGGAGAUAAACAGGGUCCUCUUCAUGGUAUGCUCAUCAACACACCCUAUGUCACUAAAGACCUGUUGCAGUCUAAACGCUUCCAGGCCCAGAGCCUUGGCACCACCUACGUCUAUGACUUCCCAGAGAUGUUCCGUCAGGCUCUGCGGAAACUGUGACAGUCCAUGGACGCUCAUGCCAAGCUUCCCAAGUGUCCUCUUCCAUCUGAACUGCUCACCUUCACAGAGCUGGUCCUUGAUUCUCAGAGUCAGCUGGUGCAGAUUAACCACCUACCUGGAGGAAAUGAGAUUGGCAUGGUGGCAUGGCGAAUGACUCUCCGAACCCCUGAGUACCUGGCUGGUCGUGAGAUAAUCGUCAUCAGCAAUGACAUCACACAUAAGAUUGGCUCGUUUGGGCCACAGGAGGACGUUCUAUUCCAGCAGGCAUCAGAGAUGGCAAGGGAAAGUGGCAUCCCACGAAUCUACAUCGCUGCCAACAGCGGAGCAAGAAUCGGCCUGGCAGAGAAGAUCAGACAUACAAUGUUCCAUGUAGCUUGGCAUGACCUGGCGGAUCCAUACAAGGGCUUUAAGUACCUGUACCUCACACCUCAGGACUAUAAGAAGGUUUCAGCUCUGAACUCAGUGCAUUGUGAGCAUGUGGAGGAUGAGGGAGAGUCCAGGUAUAAGAUCACUGAUAUCAUUGGCAAAGAGGAGGGAUUGGGUGUGGAGAACUUGAGAGGGUCUGGCAUGAUAGCUGGAGAAUCAUCACUGGCAUAUGAGGAGAUCAUCACCAUGAACCUGGUGACGUGUAGGGCCAUUGGAAUCGGUGCGUACCUGGUGCGACUGGGUCAGAGAACCAUACAGGUGGAGAACUCUCACAUCAUCCUGACUGGAGCUGGAGCUCUCAAUAAGGUCUUCACUGUUGUUCAGUUGCUGCUGCAAAAGAUGGCAUGUACACAUAAAUUACAUAUUCACUCUGAUGAUAAGGGCACUUUAAUUGGCCUCUCUUUUAAUUGCAUGAGUAAUUUGAUUGAGCCGAGGCAGGAUUUAAAGUCAAAUGUUGACAUAACCAAUUUCUCUUUGAAAACGUGGGAUGUACUGCUGAUGUGGCCAUGCAAAAGGUUUUGGGAGCAGUUUUGGUGGAGUGACACCAGUAUCAAAAUUUGCAUUAAGGGUGCAUGGGUGAGCGGGUUCUUUGACUACGGCUCUUUUCUGGAGAUCAUGCAGCCGUGGGCACAGAGUGUAAUCGUAGGUCGGGCCAGAUUGGGUGGGAUACCAACUGGAGUUGUUGCAGUGGAAACCCGCACUGUGGAGCUGUCAAUUCCAGCAGACCCUGCUAAUCUUGACUCAGAAGCCAAGAUAAUCCAGCAGGCAGGGCAAGUGUGGUUCCCAGACUCUGCCUUUAAGACCGCACAGGCUAUAAAAGACUUCAACAGAGAGGGGCUUCCACUCAUCGUGUUUGCCAACUGGAGGGGCUUCUCUGGAGGCAUGAAAGACAUGUAUGACCAUGUGCUGAAGUUCGGAGCAUUUAUUGUGGACGGACUGGGAGAAUACAGACAACCAGUGUUGGUCUACAUCCCUCCACAGGCAGAGCUCAGAGGAGGAUCAUGGGUUGUGAUAGAUCCCACCAUUAACCCUCAUCACAUGGAGAUGUAUGCAGAUAAGGACAGCCGUGGUGGCGUUCUGGAGCCCGAGGGCACAGUGGAGAUCAAGUUCAGGAGAAAAGAUCUGGUGAAGACCAUGAGGAGGGUUGACCCUGUAUACAUGGGGAUUUCAGAAAGACUCGGCACCCCAGAGUUGAGCGUGUCAGAACGUAAAGAUCUGGAGGGUAAAUUGAAGGAGAGAGAGGAGUUCCUGCUGCCCAUUUAUCAUCAAGUAGCUGUGCAGUUUGCUGAUCUUCAUGACACACCUGGCCGCAUGCAGGAAAAAGGAGUCAUCACUGAUAUCCUGGAAUGGCAGACGUCUCGGCAGUUCUUCUACUGGCGUUUGCGACGGUUAUUGCUGGAGGACACAGUGAAGAGGAAAAUCCAGUGUGCCAACAGUGAGCUGACAGACAGGCAGGUUCAGGCCAUGCUGCGACGCUGGUUUGUGGAAGCAGAGGGAGCUGUCAAAGCGUAUCUGUGGGACAGUAAUGAGGAUGUUGUGGAGUGGCUGGAGAAGCAGCUGGCAGAAGAAGAGGGUGCCAGAUCUGUCAUUGAUGAAACCAUCAAAUAUAUCCGCAGAGACCAUAUUCUCAAACAGAUCCGCAGUCUGGUUCAAGCUAACCCUGAGGUGGCCAUGGACUCCAUUGUUCACAUGACCCAGCAUAUUUCCCCCACGCAGCGAGCUGAGGUGGUCCGCAUUCUGUCCACCCUGGACGCCCCUGCGUCCUCGUAGAGCCCUGUCUACACACAAUCAUCUCAGAGCCUGGAAAUAGAGUCACUGGAACUAGAGGAGCCAACAUGGCGGUGCUGUGACUGACCUAACACUGUGGGCUAUGAUUCUGAAAGUUACGACAGAAAAGUUCUGUCAGUCCUCUAAUAGAACUUUUGGAAUGCACAACAACACGCACCUUUAGAAACACUAAAGUCAAAGUGUCUCUAUAUUGUUUUUUAAUCUAUCCAAGUGCACUUUUGAGACAUAGUUGAAAGAGACCAAACAAAAAAGCCACCCAGAGAAGAAAAGCUGCUUUUUGAAGAAGUUUCACCUACUUUCCUUUUGUUUUUGUGUGGUAGGUCAUGAAUUACUGUACGAGAGAGUGUGUUUAACUGUGAUAACAGAGUUAACGGCUUCAUAGCAAGUAGAAUUUCUUAGAUCAACUCUACACUUUCUCUUAUAAAAGUCAGGUUUGGGUUUAUAUCACAAUAAUUGCUGUAUGUGCUUGCUACGUUUACAAACACAGACUGUACACCCAUCUACACUGAGAGUGUUCAGUGUGACACAAAGCUAGAUCGUUCCCACUUUAUUAAUUACAAUGGAAUCGAUUUAGUUGUUGCGCCACAUUGCUUGCAGCGUAAACACCGUAUUCUCUUCACAUGCAGGAUGGUUGAUUGGGCCAUAUGAACGCAUUGGUUUCUUGCUCUAAUGUUUCACCCCCUUGUGGCUUAACCAAAACAUUAAUUUUUAAAAAUGUGUAUCCACAGGUAUUAUACAUAUUAUAAAUAUGCUGUCUAUUUUUAGCAUAGAUGAAAUGAUGUUGAAAAGUCAUUAACUUUUAAAAUAAAAGCAAACUAGGUGCUGCAAACUUUAGUUUAUAGUGUAAGAGCAGCCGUAGAAUAUUCAGUUAGUUGAAUUUGAUUGCAACCAUAUAAAUAUUUUGGAAUCACAUACCAGGAGUGUAGCAUAGAUAUAUACGAGGGGGAUAAGGGCACUUUUGAGGGGUGAAUGGAGUAUUAUACAUCCCAUUGGCUGUCAUGAUGCUCCGUGUGUCAUCAGUUUCUGAUUGACAUGAUGGUUGCAGUUGCUACUGGAAAACCUCAACGCUAGCACCACUGCUUGACUCAAUGGAAGGUCAACACUGUGUCAAGUUUGCUGACAUUUGCUGUGACCCAAACGGGUGAAGAACUGUCGCAUGUGUCUGUAAGUGUUGCUGAACAUGUUACUGAAGAGAUCUGAAGCUCUCCGCCUGGUCCAAAUGGAGGAUUUUCUGUUUACUGUGGCAAACUGUUAUUUCCUCAAAAAAAUAAACAAAUAACAACUGAAUAAAAUCAUAAAUUAUCUUA